GCUCAGACUGCGCUGAACUUCCCUCUUCAGAACCACCCAUCAUUUCAGAGAAGUUACCUGCUGCUAUGAUGCCUGGGGGCUUAUCUGAGACCAAGCCUGCUACCCCAGAAGUCCAGCAUAUUGUUAACAAGGUGAAGCCACAAUUUGAAAGCAAGGAAAACAGGACAUAUGGCAUCUUUGAAGCCAUAGUAUAUAAGACUCAGGUGGUUGCUGGGAUAAACUACUUUAUUAAGGUCCAAGUUUCUCCUGCCGACUAUGUCCACUUAAAGGUGUUUCAGAGCCUUCCUCAUGAAAACCAAGGUCCCAGCCUUGUCGCUUUUCAGACUGGCAAAACCAGAGAUGAUCCCCUGACCUACUUCUGAGAGAUGAUGGGGAAUGAUGCCUCACUUCUGCAAAGUGCAUGUGGAUUCUGCCUGUGUCAGUAAAUGCAGGAAAAUAAAAAGUUUUGAAAGCUGUUUCUUCAUCUACUGCAUGUCAUGUCUAGGUCUCCUGCCUGGCUAAAGCUCAAGCAGGCUCUAAGAUACUAUUCAAGGCUGUUUCUGCCACCUGACGUUCUAUAGCUGUGAGACAGAGCACACCUAUUUCAGCUCCUCUUUCCAAAACAGU